AACGUGCAAUCAGGCGAAGAGACCGAGAGUAGGGGGCGGGCUUUUGCGGUCUUGCUGGGGCCUUUGUCCCUGAUACGCCGUCGGACCACCAUCUUGGGAUCUGGAGCCAGGUUCCGGGGACUCUGUCGGUACCGGCACGGUUCUGCGCCGCGCGGCGAGGACGCGGGGUGUCCGGACUCCGCCAUGAUGUAAACUUGAAUUCUGGGACAUCCCUGCGACACUAUUUCAAGAAGGCCCAAGGCACUUUACUCCCUGCAGGCCGGAAACGGACACCGCAUGACCGGAGCAGAGUUCAUCUUUAAGUGGGCGCUGAGAUUCAGGCCAUGGACCAUAGCAGAAGGCUCAGUUCGAUGCCUCCCAGGUUCAUCUUGAUCAAGAGGCUCUACUGCCAUGUUUCCUGGUGACAUGCUGCUCCCUAGAGAACCACAGUGAGGACACUGGGUGUCCUGGAACCGGAAAUGAUGUUGGUAUCAUUUGAGGACGUAGCUGUGGACUUCACCUGGGAGGAGUGGCAGGACCUGGAUGCUGCCCAGAGGACCCUCUACAGGGACGUGAUGCUGGAGACCUACAGCAGCCUGGUGUCCUUGGGGCACUGCAUGACCAAACCUGAGUUGAUCUUGAACUUAGAGCAUGGACUUGGGCCGUGGAGCACGACAGAUGCCUCAGUCUGGAGCCUCUCAGGUGUCAACAAAAUGAGUAGCCUGGUCGAGACCAGCCAGAAAAAUGGAGACAGACAUUUCUGGCGAAUUGAAAUCGACAGAAAUGCUUCAAACGAAGAACUCAUUGAAGCAGAACUAAAGAUACACGAGGAAAUCCACCAAGGAACAAAGCCCUAUGAAUGUGAAGUGUGUUUGGAAGCGUUGUACCUGAAGUCAGACUGUAGCAGAGAUCAGAGGUGUCACACGUGUGAGAAUCCAUACGAAUGUAAGGCGUGCAGACAAGCUUUCUAUCCUAAGUCUGCCUUCAGUCAGUGCCAGAGGCUCGAGAGGGGUGAGAAGCCCCAUGCAUGCAUGGAAUGUGGGAAAACAUUCUACUGCAAGUCCCACCUGACCGUCCACCAGAGGACGCACACGGGCGAGAAGCCCUAUGAAUGUAAGGACUGCAGUAAAGCUUUCUAUAGCAAGUCACAGCUCAACGUCCACCUGAGAAUUCACACAGGGGAGAAGCCCUACGAAUGUAAAGACUGUAGAAAAGCCUUCUACCGCAACUCCGACCUCACCGUCCACCAGAGGACGCACACGGGCGAGAAGCCCUACGCAUGCAAAGUCUGCAAUAAAGCUUUCUACUGCAAUUCCCAGCUCACUGUCCAUCACAGGACGCACACCGGCGAGAAGCCCUACGCAUGUCACGUGUGUGCGAAAGCCUUCUACUGCAAGUCACAGCUCGCUGUCCAUCACAGGACGCACACGGGCGAGAAGCCCUACGCAUGUAAAGAAUGCAGGAAGGCCUUCCAGUGCAGGUCGGACCUCACUCGACACUGGAGGACGCACACGGGCGAGAGGCCGUACGAGUGUAACGAGUGUAGGAAAGCCUUCUAUCGCAAGUCCGACCUGACCGUCCAUCAGAGGACGCACACGGGCGAGAAGCCCUACGCAUGUAAAGAAUGCAGGAAGGCCUUCUACUGCAAUUCCCAGCUCACUGUCCAUCAGAGAUACCACACGGGGGAGAAGCCGUAUGAAUGUAAAGACUGUGGGAAAGCCUUCCAGUGCAAGUAUGAACUCACGCGACACCAGAGAACACAUACAGGUGAGAAACCGUAUGUGUGUCUAGAGUGCAAGAAGGCUUUCUACACCAAGUCAGACCUCACUCGGCAUCGGAGAAUUCAUCCAAGCAAGAAGCCCUAUGAAUGUACAGCAUGUGGGAAGGCUUUCUCUUUCAGGUCGUACCUCACCCAACAUCAGAAAAUCCACACAGGCAAGAAGGCCUUUGCGUGUUCAGAGUGUGGGAGGGCCUUCUACACUAAGGGGAAACUUACUGCCCAUCAGCUAAUCCAUACAGGGGAGAAGCCCUACGAGUGUACAAGAUGUGGGAAGGCUUUCUCCCUCAAGACAUACCUCACUCAACAUCAGAAAAUCCACACAGGCAAGAAGCCUUAUGAGUGUGCAGAGUGCGGGAGAGCCUUCUACCGAUUAACACACCUCACGUUACAUCAGAGAACUCAUACGGGGGAGAAGCCCUAUGCUUGUACAAAAUGCCAGAAAGCUUUCUACUGCCAGUCUCAGCUUAAGCUACACCAGCGAACUCAUACGGGGGAGAGGCCUUUUAAGUGCAUGGAAUGUGGAAGACCUUUCUACUAUAAGUCACACCUAACUCGACAUCAGAGAAUUCACAGCAAUGAGAAGAAGCCCUUUGAAUGUGCAGAAUGUGAGAGAGCCUUCUACUGCAAGUCGGACCUCACUGCGCAUCAGAGGUCUCACACGGGCGAGAAGCCCUAUGCAUGUAUGGAGUGUAGGAAAUCAUUCCACCAGAAGUCCACACUCCUCCUACAUCAGAGGACUCACAUAGGUGAGAAGUCGUAUGCGUGCUCAGACUGUGGCAAAGUUUUCUACUGUAAGUCACAUCUCACUCUCCAUCAGACCAUACACACAGAUACACGCCCCUACGUGUGCACAGAGUGUGGCAAAUAUUUCUACUAUAAGUCACUACUCAUUGUCCAUGGACGGAUUCACACAGGCGAUAAGCCCUAUGAGUGUGGAGAAUGUGGGAAAGCCUUCUCCCGCAAGCCACACCUCACUCGACAUCAAAGUACUCACACAGGUCAGAGUGAUCUGAAUGCAAAUCAGGUGGGAACGCUUUCUGCUGCCAGUCACACCAGGGAGCACACGCGAGUGGCAGGCGUUCUGAAGGAAAAGAAUGCAGGGUAGCUCUCAACUUCCUGUCACAAGUGACAGUGGGCGGCUCAGAUGAGGAGCCCCAAGGAGGGAACUGUAUACCUCGAGUCACAGCGAAGAAUAAAUGGGAAUGACCAUCCUGUGGCGGGAAAGGGCAGGGGGCUUGGUGCAAGUCACGGUUCUGCGGCAUCAGGAGGUGUAGUCAGCCCAGAAGCCCUGUGACUGUGUGGAGUGAAGCUCAGCGUUCUCUACGUCAGCAUUCUCUACGUCACCGCUCAUGCGCAUUAGCACUCUCACAGACAAGAAGCUUUACCCGUGCGAAGAAAGUCAUUCCCCAAUCGUACCUACACCAGCACAAGAGGUCACACGGAUGAGAAUGUAAGGAGUUUUGGCAUUUUUUAAUCAUUUGUUGAAAACUGAAACGGGGAUAAAUAUUAAGGAAUAAACGUGAGAAAUUCACAGAGUAACUGAGAAACAAUCCACCUUCUCUACUUCCUCAAUCUGAGAGCUUGCAACCCCUUGGCCCCGCCUCUUUCUUCACUGUGUGCCUCUCUUUCUCCUCUUAGUCGGCCAGAGAACUCGAUGGCCCAUUCUGGUCGGCUGGGCUAACUUUGUCCCCUAAGCCGAGAUCAACUCCACUGGUGGUGGUCUGGAGCGAUCAAUACCAGCAGAUCUCCCCCAGCACAGAAAAGCCUAGUAGACCCAUUAGCCCUCUCCUGACGACAGAAUGCCCGCGAGUCAGAAGACUGAUGGUUAUAACCACUAUGAAAAUGUAUCAGACACCUACAUGAUCAGGACUUCUGCCUGGGGGGAGUUCUGUAAGAAAAUCCAUACAUGAUAAAAGCCUAGGAAUUUAAGGAAUGUAAGAAAAUUUUAUGAUACAGGAGCCAAGAUGGCCAUGGUGCUCAUGGCGCCUGCAGGGGGCAGUCGAGUCUCUCCUGAAUCCCUUUCCCCCACAACAGUCUGCCGCUGACAACAGAUGAGAGGCUUUAACCCAAUCAGUGCCCUCCUCCCUCCCCAUCACCCCUGCAGUCAGCAUGGAGAAGCUGCCGCCACCACCACCACUGCCCAA